UAUAUAUACACACACUCGGUCUUGUUCUUCCACCUGUGGUAGCUGAAGCUUUUUCUCCUCUAUCGGACGGUUGAAAAUGGAGGAGUACGAGAGAUCUGAUACGACGGCGGAAGAAGACUGUACGACGCCGAAGCGGAGGGAGUGCCGGAUUCCGGAGGCUUUCGUAUGUCCACCGCCGCCGAAGAAGAAAUCGAUGUCCGGAACCAAACGACAACCGCCUAAGAACGGGUAUUUUAAGCCACCGGAUCUCGAUUCUCUCUUUGUAAUUCCUUCUAGACGCCAAGCCUGUGCUUAAUUAAUAAUAGUUUAGAGUCGUUUAUUCGAUAGAUUAGUUGUUUCAAUUUCACUUUUUUUUUUUUUUAGAUUAUUUCAUUAUUUUGUAUUUGGUUGGUGAAUGUAUAUACAUGAAUUUCUAGCGUC